GGCCGCUUUCCGCUUUCCUUCCCUGUUUGCUUUCAGGGUGUUCGUCUCUGCUGCUGCUUGGGAGCACCAGGGAGGUCAGUCUCGCCCUGCAGUUCAAGGAGACACGGCGGAGGAGGGCUGGAGGACACCACUGGCUUCCCCACAGCACACUCCUUUCCUCCCCCUUUUCCUUGGCAAGCCUCUAGGGGUAUUUUUGCUCCCUAUUCUUUCUCCUCCUGUUCCCCCCCCUGCCUUCUGCCCCCCACUGCCUGCCCAGCCUCAGGUCCCCAGGGAUUUGUCUCAGGGAGGGAGCCAUGCCCUACCUGCACCAGGACUCGAAGCCAAGGCUGCCCGCAGUGCCCGGGGCUGUGCGUCCCACCACCAGCUCGGGGAAGACCUACGAGGAGCUGAAGCAGGACUGCCUGCGCAGGGGGGUCCUUUUUGAGGACCCCGACUUUCCCGCCUGCAACUCCUCUCUCUUCUUCAGUGAGAAGCCGCCUGUCCCCUUCAUCUGGAAGAGGCCUGGGGACAUUGUGAAAGACCCCAAGUUUAUCCUUGGAGGAGCCACGAGAACUGACAUUUGCCAAGGGGAUCUCGGUGACUGCUGGCUGUUAGCAGCCAUAGCUUCUCUUACACUGAAUGAAAAAACUCUAGCAAGAGUGGUGCCGCUGGAUCAAAACUUUGGGCCGGAUUAUGCUGGAAUAUUCCACUUCCAGUUCUGGCAGCACAACGAGUGGCUGGACAUCGUGAUUGAUGACCGAUUACCCACCUUCAAAGGCCGUUUGGUUUUCCUGCACUCAGCUGAACACAAUGAAUUUUGGAGUGCCUUACUAGAGAAAGCCUAUGCCAAGCUCAACGGCAGCUACGAGGCUCUGAAAGGAGGCAGUACAAUAGAAGCCAUGGAGGAUUUCACUGGGGGUGUAGGAGAAAUGUAUGAAGUUAAAAAGGCUCCUGACAAUUUCUAUGAAAUCCUGGAGAAAGCUCUGAAAAGGUGCUCAAUGGUGGGCUGCUCUAUUGAUACCAACAGUGCUGCUGAGUCAGAAGCCAAGACCCCCUUUGGCCUUAUAAAGGGCCAUGCUUACUCCGUGACUGGCAUCGAUGAGGUGAGCUAUCGGGGUCGGCAAGUGCAGCUCAUAAGGAUAAGGAACCCCUGGGGACAGGUUGAGUGGAAUGGCCCUUGGAGUGACAACUCUCCAGAGUGGCAUUCUGUCAGCCUGUCGGAGCAGAAACGCCUGUCUCAGGCAGCGCUGGAUGACGGAGAGUUCUGGAUGAAAUUUGAAGACUUCAAAGUGCAUUUUGAUAAGGUUGAGAUCUGCAACCUGACUCCAGAUGCCCUGGAAGACAGCACUGUCCACAAAUGGGAGGUGACCAUCCACCAGGGAAGCUGGGUCCGGGGAUCCACUGCAGGAGGAUGCAGAAACUUUCUAGACACUUUCUGGACAAAUCCACAAAUCAAGCUGCAUUUGACAGAGAAAGACGAUGGGCAAGAUGAGUGCACAUUCAUAGCAGCGCUGAUGCAAAAGGAUCGCCGUAAACUCAAGAAGCUUGGCGCUGAAAUGCUGACCAUCGGCUACUCUAUUUAUGAGAGCCCUGGACGAGAUGGACACUUGGGCAAAGACUUCUUCAGGUACCAUCCCUCCAAGGCCAGGAGUAAAACCUACAUAAAUUUAAGGGAAGUAUCCAAUCGAUUCAAGCUACCACCAGGCGAUUACAUUCUUGUUCCGACCACGUUUGAGCCACACAAGGAGGCAGAUUUCUGCCUGAGGAUUUUCUCCGAGAAGAAGGCCAUCACUGAGGAUCUGGAUGAAAAUGUUGCCAUUGAUCUCCCUGAGCCUCCAAACCCAACCCCAAGCCCACAAGAAACUGAAGAAGAAACACAGUUCCGGGCACUGUUUGAGCAGAUUUCAGGAGAGGACAUGGAGAUAUCUGCAGAAGAACUCGAAUAUGUUCUGAAUGCUGUACUAAAAAAAACAAAGAACAUCAAAUUCAAGAACUUAAGUCUCAUUUCAUGCCGAAAUAUCAUUUCUCUUAUGGAUACCAGUGGAAAUGGGAAACUGGAAUUUAAUGAGUUCAAAGUUUUCUGGGAAAAAAUGAAGAAAUGGAUAAAUAUCUUUCUUCAAUUUGACUUUGAUAAAUCUGGCUCCAUGUCCUCCUAUGAGCUUCGUAGUGCUCUUAAAGCUGCAGGAUACCAACUCAACAACCACUUGCUGCAACUGAUUGUCCUCCGAUACUCUGAUGAACAGUUCCAGAUUGAAUUUGAUGAUUUCCUGAACUGCUUAAUUCGCUUGGAGAAUGCAAGUCGAGUAUUCCAAGCACUGAGUGUGAAAAACAAGGAGUUCAUUAACCUGAAUAUAGGCGAGUUCAUCAACCUGGCAAUGAACAUCUGAAGAAGUCUGACUUGGAUGCCAGGAGUUCCUUGUGACACUGCUGCUGAGACUUCUGCCCCAACAGCUGAGGUCCCCUUCACGUGCAAACUUUUCCAGGAACUUUCUUGCAGAGGAGCACACUUGCUGCCCACCCUUUCUGGUCCCCAGCCCUGUUGUGUUGUUGAGUUCAACAUUCAGAUCACAUUUUUGGUUUAUUUUUGGUAAAGCCUGAUACUGGAUUUGUUACUGUAAGAGGCAUUUGGACUGGGCACACAGGCCUCGAGCAGACUGAAACUGAUGUCCCUGAGUGACCACAGGCUUUUAUGAAAUAGGAUUGUAUUUAGUUUCAGGGCAGCAGAAACUACAGUGAUUAAAAAUCUUUAUUGCUGCUUGGCUACCGAUUACUGUAAGGUGCUUUUGAAAAUAUAAGGUUGAGAAAAA